AUAGUCAAUUCAGCAGAAGAUAUAUUGACACGGAUAAAGUUGGAUCAUAAAUGUGAAUUGCUACUAGCCUACUAGCAUGGCAAAAAAAUCCCCUCCUCACCUCUAUAAAUAUAUCGUCCAACACAAUCAAAUAUUCAUAAAUCUCACCAUUUUAACCCAAAUAUCAAAUUUCCCCUCUGCCAUCACUUCCUCUGCUAUAAUCUAUUGAUCCUUUCCUUUUAUCUGGGAUCAAUUUUAACCCAAAUAAAUCAUCCUUUUCUUUUUCUUCUUCGGAGAAACAGGGGCAUUUUUUGAGAACCCUGCUUCCUCCCCUGUUUCUAAAUUUUCAAAAAAAUGGCAAAUAUUCAUGAUUUCAACGCUCCCCACGCGCUAUCGCAGCUGAUUCUAUCGACGAAUUCCAACACGUUGGAUUCGAUCUUCUCCUACUGCGAAGCUGCGAAUUCCGUCGCUGCUGCUCAAGCAGCGACGGAAUUGGAAUUUCCGUUGGGCUCGUCCGUGUAUUUUAGGCAGAGAGAUUUGCUGCGGAAAUUUUCCAACGAGAAUCCGCGGAUUCCCGCGGCCGACCCGGUUCGGUGCGAACCGGGUUUGUUUCCGACUUAUUUCAGCCCGAGCAAGAAGAAGCUGUACAGGGGCGUGCGGCAGCGGCACUGGGGGAAAUGGGUGGCGGAGAUACGGCUGCCGCAGAACCGGAUGCGCGUCUGGCUCGGCACCUACGACACGGCGGAGGCCGCCGCCUACGCCUACGACCGCGCCGCCUACAAGCUGCGCGGCGAGUACGCGCGCCUCAACUUCCCCAACCUGCGCGAUCCGGCGAGGAUCGGCCUCGGCAACGGCGCCAGGCUCGCCGCCUUGAAGAGCGCCGUCGACGCCAAGAUCCAGGCCAUCUGCCAGAAGGCCAAGCGCGGGAGGAAGAUGAAGGCGGCGGUGGCGGAGAGCAGCAGCGCCUCCACCACCACCACCACCACCGAGGAGAAUAACAAGGCCGCGGAGGAGUCGCCUUCGCCGUCGUCGUCUGUGGCGAAUGACGAGAGGUGGAGCGCCGGCGGUGGCGCGGAGGAGGACGCGCCGUGGAGCGGCGGCGACGCGGAGUCGCGUGAGUGGUACUCGCUGGCGCGGCUGCCGUCGUUCGACCCCGAAUUGAUAUGGGAUGUUCUUGCAAAUUAGUAUUAUCAAAGUAAUUCAGAGCAGUGUUUGAAUUGUUUUUUUAAAUACUAAUUAAGUUUAGUUUAUUAGAUUUCGAAUUUAUUUCCUUCUUGAGGUUGUUUGCCACUGCCAGUGUGCUCUUGUUUCACCUUAAGUACGGAUUUCAUGUUUCCAUAAUUUUACUUCUCUUGUGUUU